AUGGAUCCCACUACGCCUAAACGUAAUGAGGACGUACAGGUUCCAGAGUCCUCGCCAAUAGCAGAUCAUGAAGUCGAUUCUUCUUCCCCGUUGAAGAGGGAUGUUGAAACAGCAUCAAUUUUACGUGACCGGUUUGUAUACAAACCUACUGAAAAGCCCAAACCAAUUUCCAAUGCAUCGAAUGGAGCCUCUGGCGGUUUAGAUGUAGAGCUUGGGAAGCUAAUUCAGGAGUACCCUGAGUUCUCUGAAACUUUGGUCAAAGCGGUGUUCAAAUCGAACUCGUUUAAUCUCAAAUUGGCGAGGGAACGUCUUGCCAAGAUCCAAUCCCAAAAAACAUCCAGAUCGUGGGCUUGGAAGCCAGGUGAAAGAAAGCCAACUAGCCGUCUCACGACGCUUAACAGACCUGACGAAGGGAAUAGUAGCAUCGUGUCUUCUCCGGAGAAAUCAUCCAAGAUCACUUUAGAGAAACAAAAAACAUCUAUUUUCGACCGUUACUCCCAUGUAAUGAAUAAUCGUCAUCGGCCCACUAUGGAAGCUGUAGUUGUCGAUCCUUCAACUAUUGCACAAGUGGAAUCUACAAGAAAAAGACGUAAAUUGGUACGGGCUGACGACCCCGUCAGAACUAGUAAUAAGAAAUCGUCUGUGUCGUUAUCCGAUGAAGAUGAGGAAGAGAUCAGUGGGGAUGAAGAUGUCAGCGGUGAUGAUUAUCAGGAAAAUACUCCCGAUGUGAAUAUUGAUGAAGAGAUUCUCAAGUUUAUCAAUACUGCUAAUGAGAAAGACAUUGCUGAUCUUGCGGAUACGACUCUGGAUAAAGCAUUAAUUCUUGUUUCUCGAAGACCAUAUCAUGAUCUUUACUCCUUUAGACAAAUGGACUUUCUCACUGAGGAGGAAGAGCGCAAACAGCAAGAGAAAAAGACAACAAGACGUGGCCAGCAAAAGAGAGAUGGUGAAAAAUUACUAGAUAAAAUGAUUCAAACGAUGAGAGGCUAUAACGCAAUCGACUCGCUCAUCAAGAGAUGUUCGUCUUAUGGUAACUUGAUCAGUUCCCAGAUGCAGAAAUGGGGUGUCAAUGUCGAGGAUAUCCAAAAUGGAGAAUUAAACUUCAUGGAUUUGGAGGUUGAUGACGACGAAGUUGAAGAUGAAGAAGAUGAUGCCCAAGCUUCUGACGAUCAUGAUAAAUCUAAAUCCACCUCGAAGAAAAGUAGCAGGGAUCCGGAUGAUAGUGAUUUUGAAGAUGAAGAAGAUUAUCAUGAAAGUGAUGACGAAGAUUAUGGCGGUAGAAGGACUCGCCACUCCACCAGGCGUGGUAGGGGCAGACCAAGACAUAAAGCUGUGAAAUUCUUUAAGCAUAAGCCUAAGCUACUGGCUGAAGAUAUAGACUUGAAGGAUUAUCAACAAACCGGUAUAAACUGGUUGAAUUUGCUAUACCAAAACAACAUGUCGUGUAUUUUAGCUGAUGAGAUGGGUCUAGGUAAGACAUGUCAAGUUAUUGCUUUCCUUGCUCAUUUGAAACAAACAAAUCAGCCUGGCCCUCACUUGGUUGUCGUGCCAUCUUCUACUUUAGAAAACUGGCUGCGUGAAUUCAGGAAGUUUUGCCCGGAACUAAAAAUUGAGCCCUAUUACGGAUCUCAGCAGGAGAGAGCUGAAUUACGGGAUAUCUUGGAAGAUAACGAAGGACAAUAUGAUGUGAUUGUUACUACUUAUAACUUGGCCUCUGGUAACAAGCAUGACGUCUCGUUUUUGAAAAAUCGAGGCUUUAACGUGGUAGUUUACGAUGAAGGGCACAUGUUGAAAAACUCGAUGUCAGAAAGAUUUACAAAGCUUAUGAAGAUUGAGGCAAAUUUCAGACUGUUGUUAACUGGUACUCCAUUACAAAACAAUCUCAAAGAACUUAUGUCGUUACUUGAGUUCAUAAUGCCAUCCUUGUUUAUUUCCAAGAAGGAUGAUCUAUCAGCGGUCUUUAGACAGCGUGCUAGAACAUCAGAUUCUAAUAAGGACUAUAAUCCGUUAUUGGCACAAGAAGCCAUCGCAAGAGCCAAAACCAUGAUGAAGCCCUUCAUCCUCAGAAGACGUAAGGACCAAGUUUUGAAGCAUUUACCUGCAAAGCACUCUAAAAUCGAGUAUUGCGACAUGACGCCUGUGCAGCGCGAGAUUUACAACAGAGAAAUUCAGCUGGUGCUUGAGCAUAAAAAGAUGUUGGCGGAAGGCGACGGCGAAUUGGACGGCAAGGACGAUUCUCGCAACAGAAACCAGUCCUCCAAAAACCUCAUCAUGGCGCUGAGAAAAGCCGCCAUCCACCCGCUUCUGUUCAGACAUAUCUUUACCGAUAAGAUCAUCAACAAGAUGAGCGACGCAAUCCUGGACGAACCAGAAUACGCGGAAAAUGGGAACAAGCAAUAUAUCAUGGAAGAUAUGAGUUACAUGAACGAUUUCGAGCUUCAUAGGCUCUGCAUGAAGUUCCCCGAUACACUGAGCCGAUACCAGCUGAAAGAUGACGAAUGGAUGAACUCGGGCAAGGUGGCCACGCUGUGUAAGCUUCUCAAAGAUAUUAUCGAGAACAGAAAAGAAAAGGUGCUUGUAUUCUCUCUUUUCACGCAGAUGCUCGACAUCCUGGAGCUCGUGCUUUCGACUCUCGGCAUCAAGUUCCUCCGGCUGGAUGGCUCGACCCAGGUCAAUGACCGCCAGGCACUGAUAGAUAAGUUCCACGACGACGAUACGGUCCCUGUGUUUAUCCUUUCAACCAAGGCCGGUGGGUUCGGCAUCAAUCUGGUCUGCGCCAACAAUGUUAUCAUUUUCGACCAAAGCUUCAACCCACAUGACGACAAGCAGGCCGCUGACCGUUCCCACCGUGUAGGCCAGACCAAAGAGGUUUACAUAUCCACUUUGAUCACUCGCGACUCCAUUGAAGAGAAGAUUCUCCAGCUAGCCAAAAACAAACUCGCGCUAGAUACGCACAUAAGCGAAGACAACAAAAGCGACGAAGUUCUUGAAACAAAAGUAAGCGAUAUGUUGGAGGAUAUUAUAUACGAUGAAAACAAAUAG